CCGCCGAGUUGGCCGACAUCCGCAAGGGUGUUCGGAUGAUCUUGGCCCACGGGGACCUGUUGGAUGGCGAGGCGAACGAGUGGUUCGCGGCGCCUCCUGCUUUCUUUGAUCCGUUUUUCUAUCGCGAGAUGGAAAAGAUGGAGAAGCAGUUCCAGAGGGAGAUCGAGAAGGCCCAGGAAUUCGACAAGUCGGACCCCGCGACCGUCCAGGAUCAAGCGUUCCAACCUCUCGAGGACCACGAGAUCGACGUCGCGUACUUGGCGAGUAGUCGUACCUGUGCGCCCUCUUCGUCGCCCCAGCCUUCGCCAUCGCCGCCUCCCGUUGCGUCGUCGUCCCAAGCCGUCUUACAGGUCUUGGACUUUUCCGACAACUACAGCGAGACCUCGGCCGAGUCCACCAAGGCCGAUUCGGAUGAAGACGCGGAGGGUGAAGAAGACGGGUCUGCCGGCAACGAGAACGCCGACGACGGGAAAGUCGACGACGAGAACGUCGGGGACGAGAACGUCGAGGACGAGGGCUCCGUCGCCGCGGGUGAGACUGCCA